UUUAUAGUCUUGCCUCCCCCAAUCCAGUCUUCGAUGCCACAAGACGUGCAUUCCAAGCGCGAUGUAUUCGACGCCACUUAUGCGGGCUCCAUAACUCGACCACUUCUUCCACCCCUGCGAUCUGACUCGCGCACGAAAAGGAAUCCGCCAAGGUCCCUGCGAGAUUAUCAAGGCUCUGAAACAGAGCAUGAGCGAAAAGCGCGGCUGCGAGCAUUGUGGCUUAGCCUGCCCCAAAAUGUCACCGACCACAAUCCGAAGGUCGACACACAGGAAGGCCAUUCUGCUGCUUAUCAGCCAUUAACGAAAGAACGAGCUCAACGGCUCCGAGACCUAUAUGAAAGCGAGCUAGCGCGGGAAUGUAAUGGACAUCAGUGGCUCUUUCAGGGUGCUGUUGUUGAUUGGGAGGGCUUCUUGAAAUACGCAGAGUCGAAAGAGGAAGAACUAUGGAAGGUAUUCCACAAUGACCUUGAUCUUGAUGGCAAUGGAAUGCUUGAUGCAACGGAGCUGCAGCAUGCCUUGACCAGUGCUGGUAUCGAGCUCGAUUCGAAAACACUUGCAGACUUCAUGGCUUUUUUGACUUCUUCAACCCACUCUCGUCCGAUUAGUUUCCCUGAGUUUCGCGAUUUCCUUCUCCUCCUUCCACGUACGCCCUCUGUCAGCGAGAUCUUUCAGUAUUAUGAAGUUUGCAAAUAUCUGGGCGACGAUGGCCGUGGCUCCGCUCGAGUCAACAUGGAAGGCGAUGUGAGCCUGAGUGCCGAGGAUAGACCUCCAGCAAAGCAUCAUGGGCGCAUUGCCCAAGGCCCCAUAGAGUCAGGCACUGGAUCUGAAGCAUCCCCGCCAAUUUCACGCGAUAUGGAACCAACCGAUGGCCAGAUUUCCGUCUCCGACGUCAUUGGCGAGGGUGAGGAGGAAGAAGAGGAGCACGAGACGUGGCUAGGAGGAAGUAUGGCACUGAAAUUUCUAUUCGCUGGAGGCGUCGCUGGUGCAGUGAGCCGUACUUGCACUGCACCCUUCGACAGGCUUAAAAUCUAUCUCAUCACUCGAAAGGUUGACAACGUAGGAAGUUGGAUGAUACCCACCCGUUCCCAUGGUGUGACGGUGAUUGCCAACGCAAUGCGAGGUAUCUACUUGGAAAGCGGGCUGUUAGGUUUCUGGAUUGGAAAUGGACUGAAUGUUGUCAAAAUUUUCCCUGAAUCCGCCAUCAAAUUCCUUAGUUACGAGGCCUCGAAACGGAUGUUUGCCCGGUACUGGGAUCAUGUGGAUGAUUCGCGAGAUAUCAGUGGCAUCAGUCGCUUCAUGGCAGGUGGCAUCGGUGGUAUCACCAGCCAGCUAGCAAUAUAUCCCAUUGAAACUGUCAAAACUCAACUGCAGAGCACGUCCGGUGGUCAAAUAAGAACAAUGCUCGCACCGACCAUGAGACGGAUGUGGGCAGAUGGAGGUGUUCGAGCUUACUAUCGAGGCCUGGCUGCGGGCUUGAUUGGUGUAUUCCCAUACUCAGCGAUCGACAUGAGCACGUUCGAAGCUCUUAAGCUCGCAUAUAUCAAGGCAUCCGGAAAGGAAGAACCAGGGGUCUUAGCUCUGUUGGCUUUUGGCAGCGUAUCUGGAUCUGUCGGAGCAACAAGUGUUUAUCCCAUCAAUCUUGUGCGUACUCGGCUGCAGGCAAGUGGAUCUUCUGGACACCCUCAACGUUACACCGGUGUGUGGGAUGUGGCACAGAAGACAUAUGCAGAGGAAGGGUGGCGAGGCUUCUAUCGGGGCUUAGCUCCAACCCUGGCGAAGGUUAUACCUGCAGUGUCAAUCUCGUAUGUAGUAUAUGAACAUACCAAAAGAAGACUUGGGGUUUAAAGAGAGGGCAAUGUAUUUAUAUCUACACAUUAGAAUUGGGUCGGGUAACGAGUUGGAAGGCAAUUCAUAUAACCCAACGAACUAGCGAUGCAGUUCACGCGCAUAUUCCUACGAGAAAGGUGCGAUGAAUCAUGUAACAAAGAGCAUUGCCCUUAAAAAAUAAGCCCAACUCGGCGAGGGCUUUUUAUGGUCCCGAUUUGCUUUGGGGACCACACAAGAUAGGUUUCGUUUUCGAAGUGGGUAUCCCGUCGGAGUUGGUAUGCUCAAGUAUUUGCUCAACGGGAGGUUCCUGCGUGAGGGUGGAACUCGAAGUUGUAGGUGUGACUGUGCGCAGAUCGUCCCGACGUGGGGACCAUGCCAUUGCAGGACCCGUUGCCCGAGAUGCAAACGCUUUUUUUCUUGCCUCGACUAUAUUUUCGGCUUGACUUUUGGCUUUCCGCUCUCGUUGUCGGUCAAUGAGACCAAAGAUCGAGCGCUCACAUAAUGUAUAAAGGCCGGAAGUAAACCAGUAUAACACAACGGCCCCAGGCAUAUUCAGGGCCACAGGAAUUGCUACUAUAGCGAGGGAGCGCAUACCGAACGUCAGGAAGAUACGGCGGUUCGUCCACAAUAACGAACGAAGAUUCUUCAUUUCCAGCCUUUUGGGGUGGAUCGUUGCAGGACCUGGUCGUCCUAACUCAAUAUUGGCCAGCGUUAUCAACCCAACUGCAAUUGGCAUGACACCAGUCGCAUCGACGCUGGCCAGUGACCCAAACGUCAAGAAGGAUUCGGAAACAAGGGGAGUCGGAGGUGUUGCUGCUGCACGUAGCCACAAUGUAAGAGCCAAAAAUAACGGUACAUUUACGACAGCAGGCAGCACGAUGGUUGCAAGAGGACUGGUCCCGUGCUUCUUCAUGAGCCCCUUGCGCUUUGCCGUCAUUUCAGUAGACAUCGCCGCUUUGAAUGCUUCCCUUGUUCCUCCAUGCCUCAAUAUUUCUUUGCUCAAGCGUUCCCGUAGCAAUGAUGCUUCUUUCGACAAUUCCGGCUGCACGAACGUCUCCAGCCGGCGAGCUCUCCUCCGGGACCAUAGAACGAAUGGCAGAGAAACAGUGGUUUUUGCCACAGUAGUACCAAGAAUGAUAGUGGUAGCAUAUGCCGGCCAUCCAAUGGGUAAGGGCAACGAAUUGGCCAGGGC